AUGGUCAUAUUAGAUACUAAUUUAAACGAGGACGACGAGGACGAUUCCGUUCAAUACUACUACGGCGAAUGCGAUAGCCUCAUAGCUAAUUGUUGUAGUAAAACGCGUCUAGCAUCACCGUUAAAAUUUCGUACAAUAAAUCGACAACGAAGACAGUUGGCGUUCGAAAUGCUCAGACAGAUGAAAGUGCAGCAUCAACAAACAGGAAUUUUAUCAAAUAGGUCGAAGAGACGUAGAAAUAAAAAGCGUUUCUAUAGAAAACUUUGUUGUACUGAGUUGCACAUUAGUGAAAGUCGAUCAAGUGUUUAUUCUCCUACUUUGGCCGCUAAUAAAUACAAAUCUCGUCUUUCAUCAACUGGGCUUACCAAUGAACUUUACUUUGCAUCACACAAACCUGAUGGUGACUACGAAAAAACUCCACCGGUACUACUUCGCAACAAACGUCGUUCUCCACACGUAAACAGCACACCUCUUGAAGGUACACCCGUCUUAUCUCAUAAUCGUCGUCCGAUAUCUUCACCUGUACGUUCAACAACAUACGUUCUUCAACAGCACCAUCGAAUUAACAACACCAAUCAGACUCAUCAAACGAACGGUACAAGUAAAAAACAUUUAUCACCUGCAACUCAACACCGUCAGACAACACCGGUGAUAUUAAAUAAAACUCGGCAAAUACAACAACAACGUACAUAUUCGAAUCACGAAAGGUCAUCAUCAACAGUCAAUACAUCACCGAUAAGUCAACAAUUUACUUCUCGUGCACAUAUUACAUUAGCAUCCCAACGUACAACACCUACCGUUAAAAAUACACCGGCAAAGACGUCAACAAAUAUUUCAAGGUCUCCUCGAAUAUUACAUACGACACCUGUUCGUCCUUCUCGUCCAAUCGCACCUACUCCUGCAAUACCGAAUCAACAACGGUCACCUCAGGUUCAAAUUCGAUCACAAAAUAUUACACCGAGAAACCAACGAACAAUCUCCUCGUCUCCAACUACACCCAGCAAAAUCGUUCGUCCUCAGCGAACUGCAACAAAAUCACCUGAACAAUUACGAUCGGUUACCGGCACAAUCACACGUCCUCGACCAGCACAUACUGCCGUGAAUAAAUCGAAAAUGUGCACAACUAAUAAUCAGCCGAAAAACCGAAUACCUGCAGUUGUUGUUCAAUCACCAUGCUCCUCGGUAACAACAUCGCCUCGUGUUUCAGAUCUUGACGUACUAAUGGCUGAGAAACAAAAUAAUAAAGUAUCACCUAAUCAAAUCGAAGAGAAAUCUUCUGCUAUUUCGCCAUCACCUAUCGCUAACAACAUUCGACGAUCAUUAUUUUCUGCCAAUACCGUUAAGGUUGUUCGACCUGUUCGUAGUCAAGAACUGAAAACAUUUUCGUGUCACUUAACGACCCCAACGACAGCAAAAACGACGGUGUCACGCGAAAACCAUGAAUUGCAUAUUGACGAGACCGCAACAACAACAAGUUCAACAAUAUCGCAAACAAAAAUAGAACAUCCAUUACACAUCAAUCACACUUGCGAAACAAACGAUGAUUCUUCGUCAACAACUUCAGCCAUUCCACGUGACCUUUCUGCAGAUAGUCUCAAUGAACACUAUCAUAUUCGACAACUAUUGAAAAGCAAUGCAUCGAUCACAGUUAUGAGACAUGAUAGUACGACAAAUGAUUCCUCAGCUGACGAUAUUCAAUGUUCUUCAGGUGUGACAUCGUGGUCACGUAUUCGAUCAUCAUGCGAAAGUAAUCUAUCGCGUGCUCCGCCAUUGCCAAGUGAUACAUCAGCCAGUCCAGCCUUUUAUAAUGGUCCUGUACGACAAGAAGAUAUUCACAUGGCAAGUGACGGUCGAUACUUUCUUCUGAUCGAUGAUAAUAUAAGCAGUGAUGAAAGUCAAUUAAGUACAAAAUCGUUGUCAUCAUCGUCUAUAUCAUUACCGGAAUCACUAUCGCCACUACCACUACCACCACCGCCACCACCACUACAAUUCAAAACACCAUCGAUAAUAAUACCAACUACGACUGAGUGCAAAUCUGUGGCACAUCGCCUAGUGUUUCCCGAACGUCUUGGCCGAAUUUUGUUUUAUCGACGAACUCUAUCCGAUUCGGAUAUUUAUCAGAAACUUUGCUCAAAAGAUAAUGAAAUCAAUCAUAAUGUAUAUCAUUUAGAUACAAUACGAGAUUAUGCAAUGGAAUUCUACAUGCUUACAACAUAUGGAUCCGAUUCACAGUUACGUGCUUGGCUCGAUAGUCAUUAUGAUGAUACAGCGAACAAUACGUGUUAUUUCGACGAUAAUCGAUUUCAAUCUUAUGAUGACGAUGAUGAAGACGAUAAUGAUAUAUUAGAGAAACAUGAAAUGAAAAUAAUUGAAAGUAAUGAUAGUAUCGUACGAGAAGAAGACCCAAAUCAUUUGCAAAUCGAAGAAGAACUUGAUUGGUAUUCUGAACUUGAGUCAUUCAACCUCUUACCUACUAAUCACGAGUGGAAACACGAAAAUCUUUCUAGUUGUUCCAGUGACGAUCAUGUUGAAGAAUUAUUGCGCGCUGAACAGUUUUCUAUAUCGAGUUUAACUACAACAACUUCAGCUGAAUCUUCUUCGUGCUCCGCUUGUCUCAUAUCCGCUUCAUGGCCAACAGCCAAUGGCAUCCAUCAUCCAGUUCAUUCCAGUCGUUCGUCUCAAUCUCUCAGUUCGCCUCCGUCAUCAUCGAAACACACUGAUCAAAGUAAUAUAAUCCUAAAAGAAAUCCUCACAUAUCCAUGGACAAAUGAAAUAUCAGAUACAACGAUCGAUUCUCACAAAAAUGGUCACGAUCGCAUUGAAAACGGUCUGUCGACUUCCUCGAUUGUUUCCGAUGAAUUUCAACCGGAUUUCUAUUACCUAUGUCCAUUAAAAAAUACCACAAGUUUUCUUAAAACCGAUGAAAAAUCCAAUGGUAUUCAUAAACAACUAUCUCACGAUGCUUAA